UUUCUUUGACAAAAGGUAUGGGGUUAAUUUAUUCAGAAAGCUUUAAUUGUUCUAAAAGAGUGUUCUAGAACAAAAGUUCAGAACGGCUCAUUCUAAGGACAUUACUGUGAUGUUUGGAACACACUGACAGUAUAUUUCCACUUUAACUCUUUAGCUAUUCCAUAAACAGCAGCGAGUUGCCUAAACAGAGCUCACUCUGUGCCUCCUCAUUCCUCUCUGAUCAUGUGUAAACUCAGACCACGAUCAUGUGCACAGCUUAUACAUACAGCUUGUCCAGCUCAACCGAGCCGAUGGGUCAUUGGUUUUAUUACAUUUUUCAGCUUGUUACAAGAAAAGGCCACGAUGCAGACAGAAAGUUCCUUGACAGAAUUUCAGUGUUGUCGUUACCACUUCCUGUUCACAGCAUAUCAUUCACGCAUAAGGCAAGUCACGCCACCUAAUGAAUGCAAAGCUAUUCUCAUUCUACACAAAUCUAUAAGGCAAAACAUUCUCUUUUUUUGUAAAUACCAUUGUUUUAUCUUCCUGUCCUGUUCUUUACCUAAACAGAGGGGAACAUUUCCAGGAUGUAGGCUAGAACAGGCCCAAAUAAAUGUAGCCUAUGGAAUGAAUCUGUGCUUUCUUCCUAUAUUUUUUGUUUAGUCUAAGAUUAACAAUGAUAUAAAUAGAAUUACAAUGGCAUAAGAUUUAUAUAUUCGUGUUUAAAAAUUAAAAUGCUAAAUAAAUAACAAAAAUAAGGUAAAAAAGAAAAGAGGGUUUAGAAUUAAUCAAAAAGCUGAGGUUAUACAGUUGCAUUUACAAAAUGAUUUUACAAUUACAAAAUUGUUCAUUGUAGCUUAAUUGAUAACAUAUUGUCUAAGUAAAGCAGGUUGUGUGGCCUACUGUUAAAAAAAGCAUUAAAUAUCCCAAGGGCUUUGCAUUAUCCUAAUGCUUCAGUGUAAAUGUACAAAAAAAGUAUGAUUUUUUUUAUAUUUAAAUGUACACUAUUUAGCACUGACCAGAAAGAUCACAUAUUAUUAUUUAUUAACACGGUUACCAAAUCACCAGGCGCCCUCUUGUGGUGAAAAGGCGCAAAAACUACAACCUAGAAGAACCACAAGAAUUAGAAGCACCAGAACAAUGUCGUGUUGAUAGCAACGAGCCACGGGCUGCAACUCACUCGAAAUCCAGACGAGAACUCACAUACGUUAAGCACAAUAAUGUUAAGUUCAUAAAACCGUAUGCAUUUCUGAUUUAAAUGAUUAAUAUAGAGGAGUGAAAUGACUUUGAAAACCGGACCGGUGGAAAACACCAAAUUUCCGUGGUAUAAGGAAAGACUACAGACCAAGUAUCUAAGGGAUCUAAGCAAAACGCAACAACUAUCUGGUGCAUUAGAUGGUCGAAGGUGGCGUUUUCUGUCUCCUGGGCUGGAUGAUUUUAGAGAUGGGUACCCUACUGUUUAUAAAGAGCUAAUUACCCGGUGUGACUGUGGAAUGGCACCUGCAGUCUUCUGGAUGCCGAAGCACCAGUGUGCUGUGAACUUACCGCAGAAGACGUUAAGUAAAGAUCAGGCGUGUUACUCAAAGAAGAAUCCACAGAGUCAAACCCAACGUGAGUUCAUCGAUGCUGUAGAGCUCAGACUGAAACAACACCCUCUGGCCCUUUACCCUCAUCUGGAGAGCGGUAUGACACCAGAGUUAUUUGAUCAGGUGUUGGCAGUGCUGGACCCCGAUAUGUGUGUGAAGAAAGACUUCUCCACAACCUCUCCAAAAAAUGAAAUCCACCUAGAAGACAGGAGAUCACAAUGUGAAUUUUCACCUUUAGUACCCCUCAGUGAGACUGUUGCACCAUUCAUCAGCAUCAAAUCACAAAAGGAGAAAUGUAAAGACAACAGACCAAAAAAUAUCUAUAAAUGGCAGAAACCUAAAGAGACUCGUCUGAAAGAUAACAUGACCAAUGUUAAACACCUGCAAGAUGAUGUCAAGCUGAGAAUUACCAGGCUUUUCUGUGAAUGGAUCAAUUCACUGGGUGGAGAUACUGGUGAUCUGACGGAGUCAACCAUCCUAGAUCUAUUCAAAAGUGACUAUGAGAAGAAAUCACUAUUGACCCUUAUUAAAAAUAAAACUCCAGCAAUACUCUACAGCUCUGCUGUGGACCUGCGUCCUGAUGCAUUCAAGCUGAGCAAGGCCUAUGAACCCAACAGACCUCAGAUGUCCCAAACCUGCACAAAAAGGGCUGCCAGCGACCUUUUGAGAAGCCCGUCAGAUAUCACCGAUAGCCUGGACAUUGAAGGACCGUUGAGUGAGGAGGACAAGGAGCUAAAGGAAAGGUAUGCCAUUCAAGCGUUCCGACAGCACAUUAUCAACAAGAGAUUGGAAAUGCCCAGGUUUCUCAGUGUUUUGUUUUCUGAAGAGGAACUGAAAGACGAGAUGAAAGAUUCAAACACUGCUGGUUCCAUAUUAACUUCUAAAAGCAGAGCCUGCCAGUAAACACCUAAAAUAAAUGCUCAAAUAAAUGUAUCAUGCUGGGUUUAAAUCCAAAGUUUACUAUUUUAAAGUUUAAAAGAUGUUUCCCACUAAUAAAUAAUCAACAAUAAUAGAAAGCCGCCUGUAUUCUCUUUGUAAGUCCACCAACAGCUUUAUAGUCCUCACUAGUGCAUGUAGCAUGGUUUGCUUUUUCCAUUUAAUUCAAAUCUUCAUUGAAAACAAACAUUCAGCAUCGGGGUUGGAAUUUCAAGGGCUUUCUUGAGCCUUUUCAUUUAAAAGAAUGGAUCAACAUUGCUCUGCCAUUAAAAUUUUUUUUUUGCGUUAGUUAGGCAUAGUGCAUUCUAAUGUGAUGUGAUUCUAAUGACUCUUUAUGAUAGGAAAUGUUUUUGAGAAACACAAUCCAUAAGUAUAAUUUCCUUUACACAAUAUGCACUAUUAAACCAUUAACAGAACUUUGGCACAGUUGUUUCAAAAACAGACAAAAUCGGUGUCUCUUUGACCAUAAAUUCUCAUU